AACGCGGCACAACGCACACUGUCAAUAAGCGAUAACAAAUAAAAAAAGUUGUCGCUGCACGGCAUUAAAAAAUUAUUGUAGGCACUGCUAAAUAAUUGCCAGUUAACCAUGAUACGUGCACCGUUGGUGAAGGCGCUGGGUGCGCUCGGCUCACCCACACAUCAGAUUGCCAGCCGUGCGGUGCGCACCAGUGCCGUCCUGGCCCAAACACCUGCAAAGGCGCCCGAGAAAAUCGAAGUCUUUGUAGAUGAUAUACCCGUGCAGGUGCUGCCCGGCACUACAGUGCUGCAGGCUGCUGCAGAGGUCGGUGUAGAAAUACCACGCUUCUGUUAUCACGAACGUUUGGCCGUAGCAGGCAAUUGUCGCAUGUGUCUGGUGGAAGUGGAGAAGAGUCCUAAGCCAGUGGCUGCUUGUGCUAUGCCUGUCAUGAAGGGCUGGCGCAUUAAGACCAAUUCCGAUUUGACACGCAAGGCACGCGAGGGCGUCAUGGAAUUUCUGUUGAUGAAUCAUCCACUGGAUUGCCCCAUUUGUGAUCAGGGUGGCGAGUGUGAUCUGCAGGAUCAGGCCAUGGCUUUUGGCUCCGAUCGUUCACGUUUCACCGACAUCAACUAUACGGGCAAGCGCGCUGUCGAGGAUAAGGACAUCGGUCCACUGGUCAAGACCGUGAUGACGCGUUGUAUUCACUGUACACGCUGCGUGCGUUUUGCUUCGGAAAUUGCUGGUGUCGAUGAUCUGGGCACCACUGGACGCGGCAAUGAUAUGCAAAUUGGCACCUAUGUGGAGAAACUCUUCCUCACUGAGCUGUCGGGCAAUGUUAUUGAUCUCUGCCCCGUCGGCGCUUUGACCAACAAACCCUAUAGCUUUGUGGCACGCCCCUGGGAGAUACGCAAGGUCAGCAGCAUUGAUGUUUUGGAUGCGGUGGGCAGCAAUAUCGUUGUUAGUACACGCACCAAUGAAGUACUGCGCAUUUUGCCACGCGAGAACGAGGAUGUGAAUGAGGAAUGGCUGGCAGAUAAGUCACGCUUUGCUUGUGAUGGUCUGAAGCGUCAGCGUCUGGUGGCGCCCAUGGUGCGUAUGCCCAAUGGUGAGCUGCAGGCUGUGGAAUGGGAGGGCGCACUGAUUGCUGUGGCCAAGGCUUUGAAGCAGGCCAACGGUCAGGUGGCAGGCGUGGCCGGACAGCUAGCCGAUGUGGAAGCUAUGGUUGCUCUUAAGGAUCUGGUCAAUCGUCUCGAGGGUGAGACACUUGUAACCGAAGCGGACUUCAUCAAGGGCGCCGGCAUCGAUGUGCGCGGCAGCUAUUUGCUCAACAGCACCAUUGCUGGUCUGGAGCAGGCUGAUGCUGUGCUCCUGGUGGGCACCAAUCCACGCUACGAGGCACCGCUAGUCAACACGCGUUUGCGCAAGGCUUAUGUCCACAACGAACUGCAGAUUGCCUCCAUUGGACCCAAGAUUGACUUGUCCUAUCAACAUGACAAUCUGGGUGCAGAUGCUUCGCUGAUUAAGGACGUCUGCAGUGGCGCUCACGCCUUCUCCAAGGUGCUCGAGGGUGCCAAGAAGCCAGCCAUCAUCAUUGGUGCCGAUCUACUGGCUCGCUCCGAUGGCGCUGCUAUUCACGCCACCAUCUCCGAGUAUUGCCAGAAGCUAAACAAACCAGACUGGAAUUCAUUCAAUGUGUUGCAUAACAACGCCGCCCAAGUGGGCGCCUUUGAUGUGGGCUACCAGGCGGGUGCUCAGCGUGCAGUUGAUGCCAAGCCCAAGGUGUUGUUCCUGCUUAAUGCCGAUGCGGGAAAAGUGACACGCGAACAGCUGCCCAAGGAUUGCUUUGUGGUGUACAUUGGCUCGCAUGGUGAUGCUGGCGCCUCAAUGGCCGAUGCUGUGCUGCCUGGAGCGGCGUACACCGAGAAACAGGCCACAUAUGUGAACACAGAGGGCAGGCCACAGCAGACGCAGCCCGGUGUCUCGCCACCAGGCAUGGCACGUGAGGAUUGGAAGAUUCUGCGUGCGCUAUCCGAAGUUGUGGGCACACCACUUAACUAUAAUACGCUCGACGAGUUGCGCUCACGCAUGGAGCAGGUGGCACCACAUCUAACACGCCUGGGACAGCUAACGCCGGCGGGCAACAAUGAGCUGAGCGCCAAGGUGACACCAAGCAAAUCUAUCAACGGUGGUCCCAUCGAUGUUAAGCAAAAGGAACUGCGCGAUUAUUUCAUGACCGAUGCCAUCUCGCGUGCCUCGCCCACCAUGGCCAAGUGCAUAUCCGCAGUCAACAAGCAGCAGAGACUCAAUGAGCAGUCCAAGCAGAGCGUUGCCAUCUAAGAGAGAGGCUUCUACUCUUCCCAACACAUUUCAACUCUCUUCAUUGGGCGCUGUUCAGUUUUAAACAUAAAUAUUAAACUUAA